UAUUAAAGAUUGCUAUUAAUAAUUUAUCAAAUAUCAAGCAAUUAUCAAAGCAUCAGAAUUAACCAAUUAUUAUUUUUUAUUAUUUUAAAAUGCAGUUGAUUAUUAAACAUUGAGAUUUAUAAUACAAAUGCGAAUUGUCAAAUAAAAUGAGUCGCAAAAAUUCACUAUUUAUUAUAUUUUAUCUUUACUAAUUCAUAGUUUUACGAUUUUCUUUCGUGUCGCUUUAAUUUCCCUCUGCAUUCUUUGGGUAUAAGUAGUCGUGAUUUUAACACUAUAUUGAGAGCAAAUUAUUGGUGCGUUUUGUUUAGAAACAUGAGCGAUUGCCGUUUGAAUUAGCCAGCGAUAAAAUCAGUCGAAGGCUAAUCGGGCUGGCAGCUGCAACGAUAUAUCGAGCGUAAUGUUAACGAUUGUCGUUGUUCCGCUAUAUUUUUUAAUGUCGAUUUUGGAAAUCGCCGCGCACAUUUUAAGUAUGACGGAUGUACCUCAUAUUUAUUUAUCGCACGAUUACUUCGAUACGCAUACCUUUGUUCACGACGAAACGGAAUAUAUUUUGUGCAGCUACGGUGUCACCUGGCACGAGGCUUGUGUCAUAUGUUUGAGUUACAAAGCCGAGCUUGCGACGGUGAACACCGAUCGACAAGCACAAGUUGUAAGCCGCGAGAUCGCCGACAGUGAUCUACCGAUUAGCGAUCAUGUAUGGAUUGGAGCGCGCGAAGAUUCUUCCAAUUCUUGGUUCUGGAUCUCGGGCGGAAGUAGGACGAUCCUGAAGAAUGUGUCACGACGAAAUGUUAGUCUACGGUAUCCGGAUUCCUUCGGUGAAGAUUUACAAUGCCUGAGUAUAGACAGAUUUAGUCACGAUGUACCGAUUUUCGUUCCAUUACGAUGCAAUCAGCGGAGAUCCUUCAUUUGUCAAAGAGCUAGAAAAAAGUACAACGAUGUAACUAUGAAGAUGAUGAGUUCUAUCCGCGUGGAUGAAGAAGAAUUUGUUCUGUACUCUGCGAGACUCACCUGGUCGGAAGCCGUGAUCAACUGUCGCAAGGAAGGCUUGCAGAUUGCUGAAGUCAAGACAACGGCAGAGGCUCAGUCCUUGGCGUUUCUCAUGAUACAAACUCGACCUGAAACGAUUGAGAAUGCAUGGAUUGGCGGUUACGCGAGCGACUACACGUGGAAGUGGUUGCCGUCUAGCAGCAGUAUUUCAAACAAUAAUUUAUGGAGGGACGACAACAGAGGAUCUCACGGUUGUCUUUUGUUAGACAGGCAUGUGUGCGAACUACCGGUUUACUUGAAGGCAAAGUGCGACCGUAAGCGUGAUGUUAUAUGCCAAAGGCCAUCCAAGAAGCCAAUAAGCAAAAAGCCUGUUAUGGUUUACAUCGAGGAAUGCCUUUAUUGGAUCGGAUUCCGCGGGCUUACGUGGUUUCAAGCUCAAAUCUCAUGUAAAGAAUUAAACGCGUCGCUCGUCGUAUUGGAUUCUCCGAAAAUAAUUAAUCAUAUGAUGUCUCUGAUGGAAGAUAACGGAGAAGAACUGCGACACAUUUGGAUUGACGGCCGGCGAAAAUUGUUGCAAAUGACGCUCGGUGGCAUGACGAUACGAAGAUGGAUCUGGGAAAGCACCGGUGAAUCAGUCCCCGAGAUAGGAGCCAGCUUUCUUCCGUGGUGUAUGGCUGGACAAUGUCGCGACAAUGAUGCGAAUUGCUUGAACUUGGAUCGUGCAAGUUACGACACUCCCAUCGUGUACGGACUGCCCUGUAAACUGAUCCAGACGUACGUGUGCCAACCUUGGUCAGGAGCAUGCGUACCUCGCAGAUCGAACGUGGAGAUGAAUUCCUCAUCGUUACACGAUGACAAUGACUUAUCGCGACCGUUUCCGUCAGCGGGAACAACGACAACGUCUUAUUACGACGAAGAAGUUAAUCGAAAGGCUCUUCAUACUCUUGCACCUUCGACGAUUAACGCGACUCGAAGUCCCCCGCUAAUGAGUCGGUUUAAUAAAAUGCUCGGUAACAAUAGCGCUUUUUCAUUAAAGAGCAACGAAACUUCUGACGGAUUAAUAUUUAGAUCGAAACAUUUACCGUUUAGAAUGCUUCAUGGGAGACCAAUGUUUUAUGCUUUGGACGCGAGACGUUUGCCGUAUAAAGUGUACUUGCCGUAUUCUAUUGAGGCGUUGCUUCCUUACGCAUUAACUUAUCUCCAGCAAGUCGCGGUCAUGAUUUACGGAAUAGCCUUGAACGUGUCUUUCGACUGUCUCGUUUACGGUCUCAUUAUUCACACCUGCGGGCAAAUCGAGCUUCUGUGCCAUCGAAUGACAGAGACGUUCAGGUUUCUCCGGGGAAAUAAGAUCGAGGCGAGGAAAAUCGACGCUGUUGAAAACUUCGCUAUCGUAGAAUGCGUGAGCCAUCAUAUCUGGGUGUACCAUAUCAUAUACAAAAUACAGUCGCUGUUCGUGUGGACCAUCGCUAUUUUAUUCUUCUUCAGUCUCGUUACUCUCUGCACCAGCAUCUAUCAGAUGUCCAAAAAAGAGAUGUUCAGUCCUGAAUUUUUUACGAUUAUAAUGUACUUAGGAUCGAUGAUGUUUCAAGCAUUUUCGUAUUGCUGGUUCGGUAACGAACUCGACUUGAAGAACAAAAGUAUUGCGCACGCUAUUUAUAUCAGCAACUGGACGGCGGUGUCGACCAUGCAACGUAAAAGUUUGAUGCUCGUGAUGAUGAUGAGCCAACGAGGAAGGAUACUUUCUUUUUAUGGAAUUUUCGCUUUGCUUCUUAACACCUUUACGUGGAUUUUGAAGACGUCCUACUCUGCUUUCAACUUACUGCAGCAAGCUUCGAGUUAGUAUCUCGCGCCGGUAGUGAAAUGCACGACGAAACUUACCGUUCUUUGUUCCGAGUUUACCAAUCGGAAUUAUACUGAUUGUAUUUUCGUAUCAUGUUUGUAGAUAUAUUGUAGUUUAUACUGUAUAUUUAUAGAUACCGAUAGAAUUGUAGAUAUUUUUGUACUAGAUGCUUUGUAGAUUGCCUUAAGCACAUUUCGUGUGAUUCAUCGUAAGAGGAAGGGAAUAAAAUGAGAUUUCCUAUAUUAAUAAUUUUCCGAGCAAUUCGAUCGGACAUACAAAUCCGAAAAUACACCUGUAGUCCGUUUUAAACACUUUCACAGUUUCAUGAUUGCAUUCCUCUUGCAAAACUUCCGUUUGUUAGUUCUUCUGAAAUGAACGAAAAAGAAAUAAAUUACUCGUGAAU